UCCAUAAAUCUAUAAAAUUGACAAAUGACAUUUCUAUCUCAAAAUAUUUAUUUUUCUUCCCAAAAAUUUUAAAUAUUCUACUAAUUUUCUUUCCAACUUUAAGUUUAAUUUGAUUUCUUUAUAUUAAUUAUCUUUGGUGCUUUAUAUCCGGUCCUAAAGAUGAUGCGAUACGAGGAAGAAAACGAGUCCUUGAAGGACAAGAGUGCUUGUGCCGGGGUCAGAGCCGAUUUAAAAAUGUGUCUGCUUGAAAGUGAAUGUUGUCGAGUACACAAAAAGACUCCAAGAGAGUGUCUAAAAGUCACCGAUGGCACCGUCCCUACCGAAUGUAUGGCUUUAAGAAACACAUUUUUCGAAUGCAAAAGAUCUUUGUUGGAUGCCAGACAAAGAUUUCGCGGUAGAAAAGGAUAUUAAUUGAGGUUUUGUUAUUAUUGUAGUAGUGCUAUUAUUUCAUUUAAUUUAAGAUGUUAAUAAAUGUUUAUUAGAUA